AGCCCCAUGCUAAUCUAUGGGCAGCCGAGUUAUUUUCAAUUGUUGUAUCUAAGGGCGGAUAUAACAACUGAAGAUGUUUUGAUUGAUGGUUGUGUGCAUGAAUGUAAUCGAGCUCGUUGUUUUAAUUAAUACUAAAUAGCUCCACUACCAGUGUAUAAUUAUUAUACUCUGGAAUCUUAAUGUUGUUCAGCCUAUUCUUUUAUAGAUAGUUGUUGAUUUCCUCUUAAAUCAAUCACCAGGAAUAAUCUUCUCACUAAAUUGUCCAUUGAAAUGCUACAUUAUGCUGCUUCUGGUAUAAUGCACUUGAAUGUUGCUGUAUAAAUCAAUUUCAGAUUUGAUUUUGCGAUUGAAGUUGUUAAGCAGUAAAGGUAGAAGCCAAAUAUGGCAUCAGCUGCAACAGAUCUCUUGAUUGGUAAAAUUGUAGCCAUUCUUGAGAAUGAAGCAUCCUCCAUAGCGGGUGUUCGUGAUCAAGUUGAUGAGAUCGAUCAAGCAGGAGCUUGUAAGCAUGAAAUCCUUCCUGCGGGAUGCUGAAGGCAACAAUGCACAAACUGAAGGAGAGGAGACGUGGGUGGCAAGCGUAAGACACUUAGCUUAUGAUGCUGAAGACAUCAUUGACGAGUUCAUGUAUCAUAGCAAAGUAGGGGAGAUUUGAUCGCUGGCUCCAGAAAACCAUUCAUAUCCCAAUGAAUACCUGGUUCAGACGUCAAAUUUCUCAGAAGUUACGAAAAGUCACUAAAACAAUCAAAAACAUUCCAGAGAGGAACCAGAGAUAUGGCGUUGGUGGUGUAGAAGGAACGAGUUCUAAUCAUGAUAGUCAGAAAUGUGUGCAGAACCAAGCAGAGUCUUCUCUUUUCAUUGAGGAAGAUGAGGUCGUUGGGAUUGAAGAGGAGAAGAGCAUGUUAAUACAAUUGCUGAUGAAUGAGGAGAAAAACCUGAAAAUCAUCUCAGUGGUCGGGAUGGAAGGAUCUGGGAAGACCACUCUUGUUGCCAAGAGCUUCACUAAUGAAAUGAUCUCCGUAGCCUUGCCUCGGUUCUAUCUCCGUUUUCCACCUCCGAUGACACCACCACCCGGGUUUUGAAGCCCUCGAUGUACUAAUCAUCCUAGUAUACAUCUUUUGGCCCAAUUCGAUAGGAGAAGAGAUAAUCGAAGAGUAGAGCAAUUUUGAGAAUUUCGGGUUCGAGGUAAUUUAUGAUCUAUACACUUCAAAUUGAUUAAUGUUGACAAAAAAAAAAAAAAAGAUCAAUGUUGUAGUUGAGAAAGUUAUUGGGGAUGAUGAGAGGAACAUGUUGAUGUAUUUUGGUGACGCAAUUCGGGCUUGUGGAAAAGCGUGGGGGGCGCAUCCGGCCGCUUAUGGUGUCCUGCUUUGGUCUGUUGGGUUGAACUUAUUGUUACAAGCAUGUGGAUAUGAACUUGGUAUCAAUCGAUGCACGUAUUGAAAAUGAUCGGAAUUUCCGAAGUUUCACAAAUUCGGGUUUCGAUUCGGGAGGACCCGACCGUUGGAUCGAUCCCAAUUUUCGAUAUGUUGUUAUAAUUAUCGAAUCGACAUAACCUAUGAAGUUUGGCCUCAUUCUGAUAUGAUUUCGAGCUUUCGGCGAAUUAUAGUUUCUAGGGUUUUGAUUUUAUUACAUUUAGUACUGAUUCUCGAGAACAAUUAUUCAUAAUAUUAAUUUAUUCAGGAUGACAUGUAGAUCGAGCUCGAGGAGGAAAUUGUCGAAAUGACAUUAUAGCAUA